AUGGCUUACGCCAUCAAAGGCAUUCAAACCGGUCGUGGAGCAAAUGGUGAACUGCCAAUCCGGCGAGAGAUCGACGAGUGGUGGUUUUCCCCUAAUGCGAAUGACCUCAAUCAGAGAUCGUUAUUCAUCUAUGCUCUCAUCAAUUUUCAGAAAAGGGGUUUGGACAAAAACGACGACCUUUCCUACUUCGAUGUAGCAGGUAUUCAUGGAUACCCUUUACAACGUUGGCCGAGGGAAACAAAGGAUCUGAGAGGACGCAAAGGGUACUAUUGUUCUCAUGGUAAACCCACAUUUGCUACUUGGCACACGCCAUAUAUGCUGCUCUAUGAGCAAAGACUCUGGGAAGAGAUGCAUGCAUUGAUUCCCACAACAUUUGCGGCACAAGACCAGGCGGCGAUGAAAAAAGCAGCAGAUAGCUGGCGUUUGCCAUUCUGGGAUUGGGCCAUGAAGAAACCAAAAUGGAAUCCUGAGAACCCCGAUGAUCCAGUCAACAAGAUUCCGGGAAAUGGUCCCAAUGUCCCUUUCCUCAUCACACAAGAGAAUGUUUUUGUACAGACCAAGACCGGAACCGCCGCUCCCGUCAAAAACCCAAUGUUCCAUUUUUCUCUCCCACCCAAUAAAAAGUUUGGCGACUAUGGAGUUAAAAACGAGGCACGCGCGCCAUGGUGGGGAACAUGCAGGGUCACAUCGCGGUGGCCUAAUCUCCCUGAACUCGAUGCAGCAGUGUGGAAAGACCAAGUUUCUGCGGCUGAGAAAGUAGCAUACGCUGAGGGUGAGAACCAAGAUUACCGAAAAAUCACCAAGCAACUUCAGGGAUCGGUAGAAGACGAUGGAUAUUUUGCCAACACUCUUCCUGAGGCGGUUUACAGACUCUUCAGAUCUGUCGAUACUAAGGGAAAUCCAGUCAUGACUUACGACAACUUUUCCACGGGCCAUUUUCAUUUCGGGCAGCAAACCCAAGACUAUCCCUCUCUGGAAGGCAUCCACAACAAUCUUCAUGGCUUUGCUGGUGGAAAUGGGUAUCUAGGAAACCCUUCCACAGCAGCGUUUGAUCCCUUGUUUUGGGUCCAUCAUUGCAAUGUCGAUCGCCUCUUAGCCAUUUGGCAGGAUCUUUUCCCUACACAGACCCAAAAAUGGCUGGGCACUGGUGCAGGGACUGAUGAUGGGAAAGUCGAUGGCCCGGAAACACAUCUUUUCCCUUUCUCAAAUGAUACCGCAGGAACCAUCUUCACAUCAGUGACCUGCAGUUUCAAACACCAAGAGUUCGGAUACACAUAUCCAGAGCUCCAGAAGUGGCUCUUUACCAGGGGUGGACAGUUCAACCACCAAGCUUAUGUCGACUCCAUCCACGCGCAAAUCGAACGUUUAUACUCGACUACGCCUAAGUCAGCCUUGCUUCUCAAGGCAAACAAGAGUGUCGCCAAGACACAAAUGUCGGCAAUGACCCCAGCAAACCUUCAAGUGGAGAACUUUCCACCAGCCCUACUUGAGAUGGUGCCGAAGCCGGUGUUGGAUGGUGCACAGGCUCCGAUCCAAGCUCCACCCGACGAUGUUACCAAUGAUAAGUUCGGAAACCCACAACACACCACAUGGCAAAGCAAGGAUUACGUCGUGAACGUAGUUUACGAGAGAUUUGCCCUUGGUGGAAAACCCUACACAAUCACCUUUUUCCUAGGUGAUGUGCCAGAGGGCAACGAAUAUGACUUUGCAGAUAACCACACCGCCAUCAGCUGUGUCUACAACUUCAGUGCUGAUGUGGAAGGCCGAGGCGUCGAUGAGACUGGCUGCGAGAACUGUAAAAAGCAACAGGUCGAAGGUGCUCUAUUCACUGGUCAAGUCAUUCUCACCGACUACUUGAUCGAGAGAAUUACGCAAGCACAACCCCACAGAGGGCUUACCUUGGCCAGCUUGGAUGAGCAGGAGGUUGUCGCGUAUCUGAAAGCGAACUUGCACUGGCGCAUUACUGAUGAUGCGAAACAUCUGAUCCCCAAGGAAAACAUGCCGUCUCUGAAGAUCUCAGUCGCCACCGCUCAAGGUACUCAUUAUUCCGAGGCCGCGAGACCAUCGCAGUACUCUGCAUACACAACCUUGUGGAAUGUCACAGAGGGAAGAUUGGGAGGUGCUGCACCUGGAGAUGUUUGA